CUGGGUUCCAGGUGGGCGGGACCGUGAAGGGGGCAAGGUCGAAUGGCGCCUGCUGCGCCUGCGCCUGCGCCUGCGCCUAGGCCCUAGGUGGGGCUGCCGGCUCCCGCACUCCCCUUUACCGAUAGGGUUGGGGUAGCUGUCGACCGUCACCCUAAAGUGGGUGGUGGUGCGAUGGCGACGCCCUCCCGGUCCUCGGACUUGGCCGCCUCCGGAGCGCCCUCGCCUGGUGGGGGAGCCCAAGCCACAGCGGCGGAGGAAGAGGAGCGAGAGGUGGUGCGGGUUCGAGUCAAGAAAUGUGAAAGUUUCUUGCAGCCCGAGUUUCGUUCUUUUGCUGUAGACCCUCAGAUCACCUCGCUGGAUGUAUUACAGCAUAUCCUCAUCCGAGCUUUUGAUUUAAAUGGAAAGAAGAACUUUGGCAUCAGCUACCUGGGCCGGGAUCGGCUUGGGCAAGAAACAUACCUAUCACUUCUGUCUGAUUGGGACCUCAGCAUGGCCUUCACUACUGCCUCCAAACCUUACCUGCAGCUGCGCGUAGACAUUCGGCCCACUGAAGACAGUCCUCUGUUGGAAGAUUGGGAUAUCAUCAGUCCCAAAGACGUGAUUGGUUCUGAUGUGCUGUUUACUGAGAAACGCUCAUCACUCACCGCAGUGGCCCUACCCUUCACACAGUCCAUCCUCUCUCAGGUGGGCCGCACCUUGUCGAAGUUCCAGCAGGUGCUGAGUUGGUCCUAUGGGGAAGACAUCAAGCCCUUCAAGCCACCUCUCAAUGAUGCAGAAUUUCACACAUACCUGAACCAUGAGGGCCAGCUCUCCCGCCCUGAAGAGUUGCGCCUGCGCAUCUACCAUGGCGGUGUUGAGCCCUCCUUACGAAAGGUGGUGUGGCGGUACCUGCUGAAUGUGUACCCAGAUGGGCUGACAGGCCGCGAGCGCAUGGACUACAUGAAGCGCAAGAGUCGCGAAUAUGAACAGCUGAAGAGCGAGUGGGCACAGCGGGCCAGUCCUGAGGACCUGGAGUUCAUUCGAAGCACUGUCCUUAAGGAUGUUCUACGCACUGACCGGACCCACCCCUACUAUGCUGGGCCCGAGGACGGGCCACAUCUGCGGGCCCUACACGACUUGCUUACCACAUAUGCUGUUACCCACCCACAGGUCUCCUACUGCCAGGGCAUGAGUGACCUUGCCUCGCCUAUCCUUGCUGUCAUGGACCACGAAGGUCAUGCCUUCGUCUGCUUCUGUGGCAUUAUGAAACGCUUGGCUGCCAACUUCCAUCUUGAUGGCCGAGCCAUGGCCACCAAAUUUGCGCACCUCAAGUUGCUUCUGCGACACGCUGACCCUGAUUUCUACCGGUACCUGCAGGAAGCUGGUGCUGAUGAUCUCUUCUUCUGUUACCGCUGGCUGCUGCUUGAACUCAAGCGUGAGUUUGCCUUUGAUGAUGCCCUCCGCAUGCUCGAGGUCACCUGGAGCUCACUGCCCCCUGACCCACCUGAGCACGAGGUCGAACUUGUUGGACCCUCCAGCCAAGUAGUUGACACUGGUUUCGAUGGCCACCAGGGGCGACCCAUGCGACAGCGGCACAUGCUCAGGCCUGCCAGCAAGGUAGGCGAAGGUGGUGCCUUCGAGCAGGUCAUCAACAACUUUGCUGUCAACCACCAUGAGCCAGGGGGUGGGGGGCGUCUUCUAAGACAAACAAGUCUGAAUGACCUACAGCAGCUAAGGGAUCACACAGGCCCCAAGAAGAACCUCCAGGCCCAGCAGUCCAACUCAGCUGCACUUAUUAGUUCCAAGUCCCUCUCUGAGCCCUUGCUGAACUUCCCAGACCCCUUGCUCUCCUCUUCUUCCCGCCCUGAUUCCCCAUCAUCUUCCUCUCCAUCUUUCACGCAGGAGGCUUCACCUGCUGGUGAUGUGGCUGCAGGCUCACUUUUGAUGCCAGAGGUGGAAUACACACAAGACCCUGGGAAGCCCCUGGCUGCCCCUUCUCCCCUGGGCCUGCCCCCACCUCAGGAGUUUGGCCGGGGAAAUCCAUUCAUGCUGUUCCUCUGUCUGGCCAUCCUGCUAGAGCAUCGUGACCACAUAAUGCGCAACGGGCUAGACUACAAUGAGCUGGCUAUGCACUUUGACCGCCUGGUGCGAAAACACCACCUAGGCCGUGUCCUUCGCCGAGCCAAAGCCCUGUUUGCUGAUUACUUGCAGUCUGAGGUGUGGGACUCGGAGGAAGGGGCUGAGGCAACAGCCCCAUCUUGAUCAGCGUUCGCUAAGGAGGGCCAACCCCACUUCCCUGCCUGCCAGCCCAUGACUUCUCUAGGCCCUCUUUCCCUUGGUCUGGGAAUUUAAGACACCACCUAUGGAGGCCAACAACCUCCUUUGAUUUGCUGUCAUUUCAUUUUUAAUAACUUUACUUUGUACACAUGAAGGUCAAUGAGUUCUGUGUAUUUC